CAGAGAACUGGACAGACACCAAGGAGACCCUAUUGGAAGGGAUGGUUUUCCAGGUCAAGUACCUGGGGAUGACUCUGGUGGGACAGCCUAAAGGAGAGGACAUGGCCGCUGCAGCCAUACACAGGAUAGUCUCUACGGCCCGGGCAAGUGCUAAGAAGUUCCGUAAGGUGACGUUGACCAUCUCUCCUAAGGGAAUCAUCAUCACAGACACAGAGACACAGGACCUCAUAGAGAAUGUCUCCAUAUACAGAAUCUCCUACUGUACUGCAGAUAAAACCCAGGACAAAGUGUUUGCCUACGUCUCCCAGAUUCAGUUGGACGAGACCCUCGAAUGCCACGCCUUCCUCUGUCACAAGAAGAAGAUCGCCCAAGCUGUGACUCUCACCGUAGCCCAGGCCUUCACAGUAGCUCUGGACCUGUGGGAGAUUGCUCAGGAAGACAAAAGUCAGAAGGCCAGGAGGACAUGCUGCGCGUGUUCUGUCAGUGAUGGACAGACAGAGACUACAAACACACACAGCGUCUCAGACUCAGAGAAGCAGCAGCCCCUGAGGAAGGAGGAGAAACAGAGACGGCCAUUUUUCUCCAUGUCAUUCAGCUCUCCUUCACCCAGCAACAAACCCGCCAGGAAACGACCAAUCAAACACGGCUCCUGGGAUGUGGAGGAUGGCCUCGAUGAUGCAUUCUCAAGCAGUAUGGAGGUAGAAGAGAUGGACACUGGUAAGUGAGUCUGAGGAUAUAGCUCUGAGCCCCCUGCAGCAGGAGGACCACCACCACCUCCCCCUAGAGGACCUCAUGUCCCCGAGCAGUGACGACUCAGACUAACACAACAACUGCCAGACAUACUGCUGUCCCAACAAAACAACCAGGGCUGCCAGACAUACCGCUGCCCCCACAAAACAACCAAGGCUGCCAGACAUACUGCUGCCCCCACAAACCACCAGCUAUGGACAGGUCAAACAUACUGCUGCCCCCACAAACCACCAGCUCUGGACAGAUCAAACAUACUGCUGUCCCCACAAACCACCAGCUCUGGACAGAUCAAACAUACUGCU